CUUGAAGUUGAUCAUGUGAUCGCAAGCUUGGAUAUCACAGCCGCCACGAUCCUCGACUCGUGCACAGUCUCAAGACAAUGGCGAUGAGCAACGUGGCGCAAAGAGCCCCGCGGUGCGAGGAACGUCGCCAACGUAGGACCAAGCCGACCAAGAUGUCCGGAUUGUCCACCGGGUCGAUCGUUGUAAGCGCGCGCGCCACAAGGCGGGACAAGGCGGGACAAGGCGGGACCAGGUCGCGUAUGCGUCAAGCAACGUGGCGCAGCGGUGUAGAGUGCAAUCGAGCCCGAGGUGCCGAUGACUCCACGACCAACGUUGGCGCCGUUCAUUCAGACGCUCAUCGAGAUGCUGCAGUCGCAUGCGCCGUGCCUCCAUUGGAACGAAGAUGGCAAGUCCUUUGACAUUCUCGACAUUGAUGUUUUCUCGACAUCGGUGCUCCCGCGCUUCUUCCGCCACAGCAAGUUUACGAGCUUCCAGCGCCAGCUCAACUACUUUAGCUUCCGGAAGCAGUCCCGGCGACAGUCGAGCGUGUGCACGUACGCCCACGAGUCGCUCUCGCUACGAGAGCCCGCGCAGGCGCUGCAGAUCGUCCGCAAGACAGUCAAGGAGCGCAGCUACAAGGCCAAGCAGCCCGACGAAGCCAAAGCCAAAGGUGUGCUGGCCUACACGGAGGCGUCGAUGGCGUAUUCGCAGGCAUGGCUCAAACCGCCGCCUCCCAAGCUCACUGACAUGGCCAUGGACAUGACACCACUUGCGUUUGCGUACAACAGCGAGGCCGACGUGGGUACGAUCGAGGCCCGCAUGCCCCUUCUCGACGACGAGAUGACAAGUUGGCUCUUGACGCAGUUUGAAGACCAGAUCUAGGAACGUGCGUUGACGGUGGAUGAAUACAUAACGUGUGCUGCAUUAA